AUGCCGGCAGUCAAGCUCGAGAAUGCCGACGAGGCAAUGGUGGGUCGGUUUCAGGACGAACACAAUGAAAUAAUGAGACAGUACCGCCGUGGAAACCUCAGAGCUGCGCCGAUCAUUAUCAAAGACGAAAGUGACAACAAUGCUGGAGAAGACAAUGUCCCGGACAGAGUCAAGCAAGAGAUUGACGAUGAAAUCCUCGCAAACUUUGACAUUGCUGAUGACAUUAAGGAGGUGCCAGCCCAGCAGCCGCAACGCCGGCAACAACCCGAGAGACCAUUCCCUCUCGAGCGCAAUCUGCCUCUCGCCAACAACGAAUACAUAAAUCAUCACUGGGUCGAUGCCAUCAGCGCAAUCGUCGAGAGGGGCGACAUGGUCGAGUUUGAGGGAAUCAAAGUCCCAUACAACAGCUCAUUCCUGCGAGUGAAGGCCAUCUACAUGUCUGGUCAUGGCAUUGUAUUCCGCGGCGUUCCAUAUACCCGCACUCGCAAUACCCUAGCCAUGCUCGACUACAAGCGAAACGAGCUUGUUGAAGUCUGGGAUACCGAUGACGACGAUGCAAGGGACCAUGCAGAGCAAUCUCAGAUUGAGAUUGAAGAACACAACAUCAUGAGGAAGCGUGACUUCAAGCUCACUAAUGCCCAGUGGCCCAAAUUCGCCUGCGAUUACCGAAACUUCAACAAAGAUGUCUAUUUGACCGAUAACGAAGGCCACUUGACCUGUCGCUGGCGGAUGAUCACCGAGUAUCGCAACGCCAAAGCUCGCCAAGAGCAACGCGCCAUCUCUCGAACGCUCUACCACCUGUCGGCUGAGGACGUCGAGGACAAGAGUCUCCGUAUAUCUGAUUCGCACAAGCUCAACAAGUGGCGAGGCACAAAAACUCGUGGCGGAUCACAUAACCCUGGUGUUCACCGGCACGAUGCCGUAGAUCUCGACUCGACUGAGGACAACCCCAAGCCUCACAUUAUCCAACGCGGCCAGAAGUACACAUUUGGCGACAUCUUUUCGGGAGCAGGCGGAACAUCAUGCGGCGCUGAACAAGCCGGAGUUCACGUAUCAUACGCCUGCGACUUUGACCAACCAUCAUGCCAGUCCUAUCGCAUGAACUUCCCCCGCGCUGAUGUAGCGGAGGCAAAUGUCAGUGAUGUCGUCGCCAACCUCGAACGAAAGGAGAUGCGAUUCGAUAUGCUUCACCUGUCCCCGCCAUGUCAGUAUUGGUCACCCGCGCACACUGUAGCCGGCAAGAACGAUGAGCAGAACACUGCGAUUCUCAUGGCUGCUGGUGAAUGCAUCAACAAGAUACGACCGAGAAUCGCAACGAUCGAGCAGACAUACGGUAUCCUCCGUAACCAGCACAUGGCCCAUUUCCACUUGUUGCUCAACUGCUUCACAACACAUGGAUACUCAAUCACUUGGAAGUACGUACAGUUGAACGAAUGGGGCGUGCCACAGCCUCGAAAGCGCGUCAUUAUCGUUGCUUCCUGUCCUGGCGAAGUUCAUCCAAAGAUGCCCGGAGCAUCCCACGUCCGCCCUUCAGUCAACCAAUUGUUGAAUUCGAUCCCUGCCAAUGCUACCUUUAAUGGUCCAAUAACUCCUUUUCCAGAGCGUCGAGAGCCUUGGAAUGGAAACGGCAUUCUGCGUCACACAAUGUGUACAAACGCAGAUUCCUCGGUCAAUUACCACCCCAGCGGAAAACGUCGGUUCAAUAUCAGAGAGCUCGCCGUACUUCAGACGUUUCCUGCACACCACCAGUUCUUGGAUGCUCCGACGCAGGCAAAGAGACAGAUUGGCAACGCCUUCCCUCCUUUGCCUGUAAAGCACCUCUACGAACACCUUCUUGCCCACCUGCGCAAGGUAGAUCUUGCCUUUUUUCCAUCCGAGAUCGGAGGAUUGGAUGAUAGAGUUGAUGACGAUGGCGAUGACGAUGAGAUUGUGUUUGUGCGCGCUACCAAGAAGCGUAGACGUUUUAUGUAG